AUGGAGGCAAAAAAUCUCGUUGGACUUCGUUUGCAAAACUGUGAAAGCCUUCACAAUCAAUUUCAGAUUAGCUCAAAGGCUGGUUUCUCCUUUGUUGGAGUUGACCUCUUCCCUGCUUGCAAAAAUAAACCAAAAUCGUGCCAAGAAAUUGAUGAUUUGCUCCCAUUUGUUGGAUCAGUAGAUGUUCAUUUCGAGAAUGGCUUGUCCAUGUCCGAAUGCACUGUAGGAUACACAUCAGGUUGGAUAGAUUGCGAUUGCCCAGAUGAAGGCCAUUCAUUUAUUUCCCAAUACGCCCUGAAAAAGGAGCUCGCUUGGGCCGCCCAUCUUUCUCUUUCCGCCAUUCAUAUUCCUCUUCGGCAUGCCAAUAAUGUCAAACUGGCGCAACUUUUGACAGCAUUUAUUAAAUCCCAAGUGACCCCAUCUCGGUUUUGGAUCACGGUUCCAAUGUGUUUGCCGACUCGCGGUGAUUGUGAAGAUACUGCCUCAUCACCAUGGCACUGGUGGAAUGAGUUAGUAACUUUGGCGGGUCCAACCGUGAGUGAGUCCCUGUUCCUUGUCCUUGAAGUGACCCCCGACUUACCCGAAGAGAGUGUAAUAUCCAGAUGGAUCAGUGAACCCGUGGCUGCUCUGGCCCUUUCCACUAACCUCUUCAUCUCUAACUCCAAGGGAUUCCCGAUUCUUUCCCGUCCACAUCAAGCCAUUUUGAGGAGAUUUCUCAAGCUAAACGCUCAGGUAAUUUUAACCGGAGAAAGCUGGCAUGAACGAGGUCUUGUCGUCUAUAGGCAAUACAUCAAUUGGAUUUGGAAAUGCACUUGUGAGGCUAGAUCUUCAUACGAGAAGCAAUCACUAGGCUAUGAAAAUCGGCUUCAGGAGCCUCUGCAACCACUGCAGGAUAAUCUCUCCUCAGCCACUUAUGAUGUCUUCCAAAUGGAUCCUUAUAAGUACAAAGCCUAUGAAGAAGCGCUUAAUCUGGCUUUGCUGUCUCGCUCCAAUCCAGGAGGCGAUGGUGUAAAUCCUGCGGUCAAUAAACAAAUUAUCUACAUUCUGGGUGCUGGUCAAGGUCCAUUUGUUGACGCCAGUCUUCAGGCCAGUCGUCGAUCAGGCUGUCCUAUUCGGAUCUACGUUUUUGAAAAGAAUCGCAAUGCCCUCCUUACUCUCAAGCAACGACUUCAAACUGAAUGGGCAAAUGAAGAUGUCCACCUUGUACCCGGUGACAUGCGAUGUUUGGACAAGCCGCCAGCAGAAAAAGCAGACAUUUUUGUGAGCGAAUUGUUAGGGUCCUUUGGUGACAAUGAACUCAGUCCGGAAUGUCUUGAUGGUGCUCAACAUAUGCUCAAAGAUGGUGGUAUUAGUAUUCCUGCUUCCUACACAUCAUAUAUUGCGCCUCUUCAAUCCCAGCACAUCCACAUCAAUGCCCUGCGAGCAGAAAGCUAUUCCAAAUUCAGCGACCGUAUACAGGAGUCCUCAGAAACACCAUACGUUGUGCGACUGACAAACUGUAAAAUACUCGCUGCACCACAAGAAGCAUUCACCUUCACUCAUCCCAGAAAGGAUCUUGCGACAGGCUCAAACGAACGCUAUUGCACUCGUACUUUCAUCUCCAACGAUGAUGGUGUCAUCCAUGGAAUUGCUGGCUACUUUGAAGCUGUCCUUUAUGAGAAUGUUACGCUAAGCAUUCUUCCAGAUAGACAUAGUCCAAACAUGUUCUCAUGGUUCCCUAUGGUUUUCCCACUGAAUACUGCCAUUCCCGUGAAAGCCGGUCAGGAAAUCAAGCUUCAUUUAUGGCGGUGUGUUUCCCCACGCCACGUUUGGUAUGAAUGGGCCGUUACAGAACCUCAAACAUCAAAGAUACACAAUUCUGCAGGAUCAGCCUACAAGAUCGGCCUUUAA